UCACUGGGCUGGGAGUGGGAAACGCGAGCCGUCAGUUGCGUAUGGCCGCGAUCGACGCACGCGCAGCGCGGCCCGCGUUCCAAAUACAAGUUUGAAUUUCGUUGCGGUUAUUUUAGUGUUGGGAUUUUAGUGUAAAAUUUUGUGAUUAAUUUUUGCGCUGCGCAGGCGGCCAGUAGCGGAGUGGAGUGAACUGGUGAUAGUGCUAACGACAAUUUGAUUUUGGAACGUUAAAAUCCUGGUGGCAAAAUGACGGGCUCCCGAUGGCCCAUCCUGACCCUGUCCAUCCUGUUGGCCGCGUCAGCAUGCGGCAGCGACAUCCUGAUGAUCACGAUGGGAGGCACCAAGUCACACAAGAUGCCCUUCUGGGAACUCUCCAGGGGGCUGAUAAGGAGAGGUCACAACAUCACGUUCAUCAGCGCUUUCCCCCCGGACUUCCACAUCGCGGGGCUGGAGGAGAUCGCGCCCGAGGGUCUGGUCUCCUACGUGAGGAGCUACAUGAGCUUAGACCUGGUCGGCGCCAGGAUGAGGGGAGAGGAACCGCUGCCCGUGAUGGAUAUCCUUAGAUAUGGAUAUGAGGCAUGCGACGCUUUCCUAAGCGAUUCCGAAAUGCGUUCCUUCCUCCGCUCCGGGCGGACCUUCGACCUGGUGAUCCUGGACGGAAGCUACCCGGAGUGCGCCCUGGGCGUGGUGCACCGUCUCAAGGUGCCCUUCAUGUACAUCAACACAGUGGGCUUCUACGCCAUGCCCUUCAGCGGCUCCGGGAGCCCUACGCCUUAUUCUGUCACACCGUUCUUUGGGAAGGCUUAUACAGAUAACAUGGGCAUACUCGACCGAGCUCUCAACGCUGGCUGGCACAUCGGAGCCAAACUCCUGCACGGCAUCAGCAUCGGCAUCCUCCACGGUGUCCUGAAGAGGCACCUCGGCCCCACCACCCCCCACUCCUACGACCUGGCCAAGAACGUCAGCUUCAUCCUUCAGAACGGCCACUUUUCCGUGUCAUACCCGAGACCUUACCUGCCCAAUGUGGCGGAAGUCGCGUGCAUACAUUGCAAAGAGUCCAAGAGACUGAACCCUGAACUAGAAGAAUGGAUAUCCGGCGCUGGCGAGGCCGGCUUCGUGUACGUCUCUAUGGGCUCCUCUGUGAAGACCACGAGCAUGCCGCUGGCCGCCCAUCGCAUGAUGGUCGCGGCUUUAGGGCGCUUACCAUACAGGGUGCUGUGGAAACAGGACGCCGAGCAGAACAUGACGGACAUACCUUCGAAUGUGAGGCUUUAUAAGUGGCUGCCUCAACAGGAUUUGCUUGGUCAUCCCAAGAUCAAAGCAUUUGUGACACAUGGAGGUCUCCUCAGCAUGUAUGAGACGGUAUACCAUGGUGUCCCCAUCGUGACCAUCCCAGUCUUCUGCGACCACGACUCCAAUGCCGCCAAAGCCGAACUAGACGGCUACGCUAAAAAACUUGACCUACAACACCUAACUGCUGACAAACUCUACCGAGCCAUAAAAGAGGUUAUAAAUGAGCCUAAAUAUAAAAAAGAAGUGAAAUACAGACAGGUUUUGUUAAGAGAUCAGAAGGAAACGCCGCUAGAGAGGGCGAUUUAUUGGACGGAGUAUGUCAUACGACACAAAGGAGCGUAUCAUUUGCAAUCCCCCGCAAAAGACUUGAACUUCUUCCAAUACUACAUGAUCGAUGUAGCGUUAUUAGUUGCGCUAUCCUUAGCCACGAUAGUCGCUCUUAUUUCGUACACUAUAAGAUUCGGUUUCAAGAAGUUGAUAACACAUCUGCAGAACAGACAAGUGAAUAAGUUGCUAGACAAAUCGAACCGGUUGUUGAAGCAGUCGAAUUUAUUAAUAAAACAAGCGACAGUUGCGAAGAAGAAACUGUAAUUGUUCUUGGAAUUCCGUCUGAAGAAGACUCCAGUUACCCAGCAGCGUUACCAAUAAGAGAUUAACAUAAUGUUGUUCUUGUAAAUAUAUAGGUUGUAAGAAUUAUGUCUCGUUUCGAUUUGGAAAAUGGUGAGUGAGAAGCGUCAAGAAAGUUGUAACACGUUUUAUGAUUGAUGAUGAUAAUGUGAUUACAUUAAAACUUCCGUUGUGUCACAUAUUUGAUGUCAAUAUUUUCGCCUGAUAUUUUCUCAUGAAUCCAAUUUUUUACGUCAUUUUACGGUUCCUAGUCAUUUUACGGUUGUUAUUUUCAACAAAUAUCUGAUUAAUGGAAAUAUAUGUAUAUUUAUUUUUAUGGGCGCUUCUAAAUUUCAUCGAGGCGAGACAAAGUAAUAAUUAAUGUUAAUAAAAUUAUAUUUACUUUUCAUAUUUUGGGUGUAAUAUAAGAAAAAUAUUCUGAGGUUAGUGAAAUAAAUGUUGCUCAAAUUUCAUAUUUUCAAGACUGAAAACUUGUAAAUAAUAUAAUUUCGUAAACAUAUUUUACAUGACAUCGUAGUUAACAAAAUACAGGCAGGGUCUUUUCAAAUUAACAUUUAGUGGUGUAACAUUUUUUUUAAGUUGUUAUUUUAAACGUGCAUAAUCAUACCUGUUGUGAUUAUUUUAGGAUUGUGCAGGUUUAUUAAAGUGAUACAUAAACGCCUUUUCUCAGAGGGGUAGGCAGCAGCAGUACAUAUUUUCACUUGCCACGACCUCUGCAUAAUACUUUCGUUUUAUACACAUGCAAGUGAUCCAAGCGAAUUACAAAUUAAAUAGUUUGAGUACUUACAAACAUUAAUAAUGUUUAAAGGUAAAUGUUUAUCAAUUUGAUUUGAUUUAACUUUACCGUAUAAUAACGUAUUAAAUUAGUACACAAUAAGAUGAAGAGAUACAAGAAAUUUUUGAUUGUUCAGUUGUGAAUUAUAUUGUUUAUACCUUGAAUUUUUAAUGUUCAUUGAUGGAAAUAUUGUUGACAUAAUACAAAAAUAUUUUGUGGUCCAAAAAUGAAAACCUAAUAAAGUAUAUUCAUUUGUUAAUAUAAUUUAUUAAGUUAAUUAUUAAUAAGGUUUUUAAUAAG